AUGGGCGCCUCGUCCGGCCCCGACUGGCUCUCUGGGUCCGGCGCCCCCGCGGCCGCCCCCGCGGCCGCAGCCGCCUCCGGCAACAUGGACCACUUCGCGUCCACGGCGGGCUCGUUCAAGGCCAAGGUCCGCGACUUCAAGGCCACGGGCGCCUCGUCCGGCCCCGACUGGCUCUCCGGGUCCGGCGCUCCCGCGGCGCCUCCCGCGGCCGCGGCCACGGCCGCCGCCAGCGGCAACAUGGACCACUUCGCGUCCACGGCGGGCUCGUUCAAGGGCAAGGUCCGCGACUUCAAGGCCACGGGCGCCUCGUCCGGCCCCGACUGGCUCUCUGGGUCCGGCUUCUCCGCGGCGCCUCCCGCGGCCGCGGCCACGGCCGCCGCCAGCGGCAACAUGGACCACUUCGCGUCCACGGCGGGCGCGUUCAAGGGCAAGGACCGCGACUUCAAGGCCGCGGGCGCCUCGUCCGGCCCCGACUGGCUCUCUGGCAAGUGGGCUGAGCAGGCGGAGCGCGAAGCCGCCUGGACCGCGGCGUCUGUCGCGAGCCUCGAGCAGCUGCGCGUCGCUGAGGCGGAAACGGUCGCGAACCUCGAGCAGCUGCGCGUCGCCGAGGCGGAAGCGGCGCGGCUCAAGGCCGAGCAAGAGGCGCUCUUCGAGCAGCAGCGCGUCGCCGAGGAACAAACGGUCACGACGGAGCAAGAGGCGCCUCUCCCGGUCAAGGACGACACGCGAUCGCUCCGAGCGGAGGGCGAGCGCGUCUUGAACAGCAAGUGGGCUGAGCAGGCGGAGCGCGAAGCCGCCUGGACCGCGUCGUCUGUCGCGAGCCUCGAGCAGCUGCGCGUCGCUGAGGCGGAAACGGUCGCGAACCUCGAGCAGCUGCGCGUCGCCGAGGCGGAAGCGGCGCGGCUCAAGGCCGAGCAAGAGGCGCUCUUCGAGCAGCAGCGCGUCGCCGAGGAACAAACGGUCACGACGGAGCAAGAGGCGCCUCUCCCGGUCAAGGACGACACGCGAUCGCUCCGAGCGGAGGGCGAGCGCGUCUUGAACAGCAAGUGGGCUGAGCAGGCGGAGCGCGAAGCCGCCUGGACCGCGUCGUCUGUCGCGAGCCUCGAGCAGCUGCGCGUCGCUGAGGCGGAAACGGUCGCGAACCUCGAGCAGCUGCGCGUCGCCGAGGCGGAAGCGGCGCGGCUCAAGGCCGAGCAAGAGGCGCUCUUCGAGCAGCAGCGCGUCGCCGAGGAACAAACGGUCACGACGGAGCAAGAGGCGCCUCUCCCUGCUGAGGUCGACACGCGAUCGCUCCGAGCGGAAGGCCAGCGCGUCCUCGAAAGCAAGUGGACCGAGCAGGCUGAGCGCGAAGCGGCCUGGACCGCGGCGUCCGUCGCGAGCCUCGAGGGGCUGCGCGCCGCCGAGGCGGAAGCGGCACAGCAGCUGCGCGUCGCCGAGGCGGAAGUGGCACAGCUCGAGACGGAGCAGGAGGCGAGCCUCCCGGCCGAGGUCGACACGCGAUCGCUUCGAGCGGAGGGCGAGCGCGUCCUCGAAAGCAAGUGGGCCGAGCAGGCGGAGCGCGAAGCGGCCUGGAUCGCGGCGUCCGCUGCGAGCCUCAAGCGGCUGCGCGUCGCCGAGGAACAAGCGGCGCAGCUCGAGCAGCAGCGAGUCUCCGAGGAACAAGCGGUCACGACGGAGCAGGAGGCGCCCCCCGACUGGCUCUCCGGCUCGGCGGCGGCGUCUUCCGCCGCGCCCGCCGAGGUCGACACGCGAUCGCUCCGAGCGGACGGCGAGCGCAUCCUCGAAAGCAAGUGGGCCGAGCAGGCCGAGCGCGAAGCCGCCUGGACCGCUUCGUCCGUCGCGAGCUUCGACCAGCCGCGCCCGGCCGAGGCGGAAGCGGUCACGAUCGCGGAGGAGGCGCCUCUCCCGGCCGAGGUCGACACGCGAUCGCUCCGAGCGGAGGGCGAGCGCGUCCUCGAAAGCAAGUGGGCCGAGCAGGCCGAGCGCGAAGCCGCCUGGACCGCUUCGUCCGUCGCGAGCUUCGACCAGCCGCGCCCGGCCGAGGCGGAAGCGGUCACGAUCGCGGAGGAGGCGCCUCUCCCGGCCGAGGUCGACACGCGAUCGCUCCGAGCGGAGGGCGAGCGCGUCCUCGAAAGCAAGUGGGCCGAGCAGGCCGAGCGCGAAGCCGCCUGGACCGCUUCGUCCGUCGCGAGCUUCGACCAGCCGCGCCCGGCCGAGGCGGAAGCGGUCACGAUCGCGGAGGAGGCGCCUCUCCCGGCCGAGGUCGACACGCGAUCGCUCCGAGCGGAGGGCGAGCGCGUCCUCGAAAGCAAGUGGGCCGAGCAGGCCGAGCGCGAAGCCGCCUGGACCGCUUCGUCCGUCGCGAGCUUCGACCAGCCGCGCCCGGCCGAGGCGGAAGCGGCCACGAUCGCGAAGGAGGCGCCUCUCCCGGCCGAGGCGAUGGUCGAGAAGCUGCUGCGGCGCGCGCUCGCGUCGAAGCGCGGCCGCAUCUUCUUCCUCGCCACGGCUGGCGUGACGCUCUGCGUGCGGCGCCUGCGGCGGCGGCGGCGGGCGCUCCUGCUCGCGCGGCGCCUCGCGCGCGGGCCGGCCAAGGCCGAGGCGUGCUACAGCCCCGUGGAGUGGAGCGACGACGACGACGGCGACGAGGAGCCGCACGCGCUCCCGGAGCCGCCCGAGUUCCGGCGCCACGAGGCCGGCGACGACGGGCGCGGCGGCGCGCGGCUCCGGCCCGCGGACGCGCGCGCCGCCGCGCGCUGGCUCGCCGCGACGCAUCUCGGGUUCCUCUUCGGGUCGCCCGGCGCCGACGAGCGCGACGCCGCGGCGCUCCGGGCCGCGGUGCUCGCGCGCGUGACCUGGCGGCGCUACCGCGACGGCGCGACGAUCCUGGAGCGGGGCGCCGCGCGCGACGCGCUCGUGCUCGUCGUGUCGGGCGUCGCGGAGCUCUACGAGGAGGCGGACGACGACGACGGCGACGGCGACGCGCCGCGCUGCGGCGCCCUCAGCCGCGCGACGUCGGGCAGCUCCCAGGUCGGCCUGGACCUCGACGACGGCGACCG